AUGGACCUCGAAUAUAACGAACGCCAAAUACAAACAUAUUAUCAACAUAAAUCCGUUCGUCGACCACAAUCCGAAGAGAACCUUAAAACAGCUAUAGAAACACGCCGACAAAUAGUCACCCAGCAAAUAUCACAACAACAAAUACAACAGAAAAUGCAACAACAGCAACAGCAAAUACAACAACAACUACAACAAAUACAACAACUACAACAACAAUUACAACAACAACUACAACAAACUACGCAACAACCAUUACAACCAUUACAACAAGCACAACAACAAAUUCUGAACCAAAUAACUAGUAGUA